AUGGUGAAACUGUUCCUUCCGGUGUCAUUUCUGUUGACAUCGGCUGUUGGGAUUGUCGAUGGAGCAACCAAGCAGUUUAGACCAAUUGAAACUAUAUUCAAUGCAUUUGUUCCACAAAAACCGACCAGUACUGAAAGAAAUUACACAAGCAUCUUGGACCCUUUUGCUCCUACAGCCGAGGAAAGGGAAGAAGAAUAUAAAGCUCGUCGCCAGCGCCAAAAAGAACGUAAUGAACGGGUGAAGGAAAUCUUCAAGAAUGUGAAACCUAAGGAUGUUGAAAGAGUUUCAGAAGAAGAAUUGGAAUCCAUGGAUAGUGAAUACCUCCGAAAGCUUGCUUGGGGAGGAUCCAAGUCUGGAGGAGAACUUUCUUAUCUCGUAGAUCCUGGCGAGGAUUACGACAUGUGGUCCCAAGCUUACAGAAUGCUGGGAGGUUUCAUUGAUUGCGACAAUGACAAGUCAGAUGAUGAUGAGGGUGGUGGUAACUCCCAUGAUGGUGGUGGUGAUGCGGGCGGAAGAUGCUCUCGCUGGAUGAUGUGGGCAUCGUAUGUUGACCCCAACUAUCAAGGAAAUGGCUACGAUGAGUAUUUUGGCGAUCAACCUGUGGGAACACUAGAUUGCCACAGACCCGAUACACAAUGGCAACUCAUGGGAGUCUACCGUCAAGAAUUUUAUCAGUUCAUCGAGCAGAUCUCCAAGCAUAUGUGGGCUAUCGAUGAAUAUGAAUACGUUGUUGCUCUUGCUGGACUUGCUUACAUGACAGAUGCUACCUGCUUUUAUGUUGGAGACUCCAACAACGGAGAAGCAAUCUAUGCAGGUGUUGCCCCCAAACAGUACGGUAGAUUCGAAAUGGCUCUAUACACUGACGAUUACUGCUUGUUCCCCAACGACGAUUUGGGCAUGACAUAUGAUGACUUUGGAUUGACAAAUGAUGUUUCUUUAGGAGGCUCUGGGGAUGGUGGCGGAGAUGACGGAAACUGGGCAAGCGAGUGGUGGCAAGACACCGAAGAAUACACUCUUACCCAACUCAACGAUGUCUACGAUACCUUCCGAUACUGUACAUCAUGUAUCGAUUAUCCAACGUAUCAGGAUGGUUAUGUCAUUGGCGACAACGGAAUGGAUGAUGAUGAUUUGAUCAACCAGUGCUGGAAGUUCUACUCUCACGACUCGUUUACAUGUGAAUCUGACUGCAUCGCUAAGGGACACGCGCAAGGUACCAUUCUCAGUAUCGACGUUGGGGGCAAGUUCUAUGGUCAAGUGAUUCAAGAGUUCUGGGAUGAAGCAAAUCUUCAAAUGGGGGAGAACAGCCAACAAGUUGAAACACAACUUAGUCGAUUGCUGGCGAAUGUUUUUGUCACAUUCUCCUUUGUUGUUUUCGUUGCAACAUUUCUCGCAUUUGCCGUUGCACGAAGAUCUCGGUACCGUGAGAGUCGUUCCUCCAAGGCACGGCGAUUGCUGGGUAGCUCCAGAAAGCGCAGCAGCUCCCGAAAGCGCCGUUCCAAGAGCCGCGACAGAGGAGCCGAUGGCAUCAUGCGUUCCAAGAGCGGUAGCCGUCGUAAGAGCAGGAGUCGCAGCAAGAACAGAGAUCGUGACUACGAACCUCCACGAAGCGAGGAUUAA